GGACGGGUGUGAGGUGCGGCAUUCUGGGCGAGCCAGCAGUGGGGUUGACAGUGUCGGUGUGCGGCGGCGAGCAGGUCUACCCACAUAUUGGCUAUCCCAACAUCGCCUCCUCGUAACCAACUCUCCCUAUACGUAGACGCUCUCACCGGAGACCUGUGCUUGGCGUGUUCACGGUGCGACGGACGGGCCACGCAGAUUGUAACACUCUGUAAGGGAACAAAGUGGAUGCGACUCUGGCCCAGCGCCUUCACAGGGGAGCUUGUUUACGAAAGUUGCGUGUGGAAAGAGGCUUAUUGAGACAUCAUCAGCGAAUAUCAAAGGUGUGUAGCAGCAGGGAGGUGUGGCAGGCAGCAGUCCGGUGUAGCUUGCAACUUGGGAACCUACUGACCAGGCAUCACGCCCUCCGUCUCCACCAGAACGUUGCCUGAUCUAAGCCUCGUUGCGCUGGCAAGAAACCUUUCCGUAAAUCUUGCAGCUUUAAGGAGGUUGGUGAAGACUAGCGGCUGUGGAGGCAGAGCAUCACAGGGAGUUCCUCUGGUCCUAGACGCUACUGGCAGGCCCCUGGAAGUCCUUCUUUGACGUCAGGGAAGUAUUACGUCACCACACCCGUUCACCUUGUGGGCCCCCCUGCGACCAUGAGUGUCUUUGGUGGUGUGGGAAACUGGGGUCUGCUGCUCCUGUCCCUCCUGUCCGUCUGGCCGUCCGCCUCCGCCAAGCUCGUGUACGUCGAAGAAAAUCUUCCAUUACCGGGAGAGGAAGCACCACCAGGGUCACCAUGGCCGCUACCCCGCCUGUGGUCAUCCUCUCCAGACCAGCUCACCAUUGACCCCUCAACAUUCAUCAUCUCAUCCGACCUCACUGGAUGUGACGUCAUUGAUGCCGCAUUACACAGGUAUCAGAAUCUGGUGCUGAUAGAUCCUGAUGCAACAGCUGAUCCUGGGUUGACUCUAUUGGCCUUCCUCAAUGUGUCAGUCAUAUCUGGUUGUGACCACACGCCUCACCUCAACCUCCACCCUGACUAUGAGUCCUACACACUGGACAUAGAGCUGACUGAAGUAGCAGAAACCAGUGAAUCACAUUUACAGGGAUCUGCCCGCUUGGUGGCGCGCACUGUGUGGGGUGUCCUUAGGGGCUUGGAGACCUUCUCACAGCUAGUCCAUAUUGUUGAACCCGAAGACCAUUACCGAGUGAAUGCAACACAUGUGGAGGAUGUGCCAAGAUUUCCCCACCGUGGGCUUCUCCUUGAUACUGCCAGGCAUUUUCUUCCCAAAGGCACCCUUCUUCAGGUUCUGGAUUCCAUGGCAUGGAACAAACUCAAUGUUCUCCACUGGCACAUUGUUGAUGACCAGAGUUUUCCCUACGAGUCUAGGAUCUUCCCCAACCUCACCCUCCAUGGUGCGUACACACCAAGACAUGUGUACACUCAGCGAGAUGUGAUGGACAUUGUAGAGUACGCGAGAUAUCGAGGCAUCAGGGUCAUCCCAGAGUUUGACACCCCAGGGCAUACCCAGGGCUUCGGCAAAGCCUUCCCACAUCUGUUAACACCAUGUUAUGGUGAUGGCCAGACACCUGGUACCCCCAAGUUUCCCUACCACGCUGCCUACGAGAACCUAGACCCUACCAACCCUCAGGUGUAUGAUUUCCUCAAGGCCUUCAUGGUGGACUUGAAACACACCUUUGUUGAUGGUUACAUCCACUUAGGACUUGACGAGGUCUUCCUGCCCUGCUGGUCAAGCUCCCCAGUUGUACAAGCCUUCAUGACUCGUAACAAUUAUACGGAGGUCCGGCAGGUAGAGAAACACUACGUUGAGAAGGUCCUUGAACUAGCUGACCUGACACCCAUCAACUAUGUCACUUGGCAAGAUCCAGCUGAGCGGGGCAUACAAAUGGCCAACACAAGUGUAGUUCAGGUGUGGAAGGAUGUAUCUCUCUCACCAUCUAAGAUGCGAGGAUGGCGCGACUAUGUGCAUGACCUGACAGCGGCAGGUCAUCAGGUCAUUCUCUCCUCCUGCUGGUACAUCAAUUUCAUCACCUACGGCCAGGACUGGAAAAACUUCUACAACUGUGACCCCACUGAUUUCGAAGGCACAGCUGAACAGAAGUCCCUCGUACUGGGUGGGGAGGCAGCCAUGUGGGGGGAAUAUGUAGAUGCAACCAACCUUAUGCCUCGCCUUUGGCCACGGGCUUCGGCAGCAGCAGAGCGCUUGUGGUCUCUCCCGCUCAAAGAAGCACCCUCUGUUGAUACCGCUGCAUACAGACUUGACCAGCAUCGCUGUAGGAUGCUCAGACGAGGUGUUCCUGCACAGCCCAUCUUAAAUGGGUACUGUGGUGAGUGGGAAGUGCCUCAAGAUGUGGUGAUGUCCACUCCUCCUCCCACCACAACUACCACUACCACCACCACCACAACUACUCCACCUCCCACCACCACAACACCCUCUACUACAUCUACAACUACCACAUCUACAACUACCACAUCUACCACCACCUCCCCCACACCAACAGAGCCACUGCUCCCACCUCUCCCAGGAGCAGGCCAGCAGCAUACAGAUAAUCAAGGUGUUCCUGAGGGGUCUCAGCAGCAAUCUGCAGUUGCGCCCACUACACAAAUGACCCCAACAGCAACACUUGCACAUGUUACCGUUAAUGAAGCAGGUGAAGCUGUCUCAAGAGUCGAAGCUGCCGGUGCGUUAUGAAAGUAAACUUUUACUGACUUCUUGUCAUGUGCAUUUUUUCUGUAAAAUUGUUGUUGCUUCUGGUUUCAAAGAAUUUGUUAAAGUGUGAUUGGUUUAAAUAAAGCUUCAAACAGCAGUACUUUCUAAAAAAUUUAACGGAAUUAGCCUUCAAACAGCACUACUUUCUAAAUGUUCAGUACUGCUGCCAUUUGUUAAAUUGUGUGUUUUAUAUUUCUCUAAUGUGCAACUUUAUUUUACAUUAAGAUGUAUGGGGCAGCUUUGUCAUUUGCACAUAAACCCUGUAUAUUUAACAACCAUUUGUUUAAUCUCUAGAUGCAUUAAGUUAUUUUGUGUUAAUAGAACAUAAACCUGUAAAUUGUGGAGGGCUAAAAUCUAUUAAGAAAGUGCACAGCCCCAUCAGAUAUUAUUUUAGGUGUGAGAGUUUUGUAACGUGUUUAUGUAUGUCAGUCAUUUUCAGCCUUGAAUAAGAGAAAUUGCCUUGUGACUUUUUUAAAUGUGAAGUAUAUUGUCCUAGAUGAUGAUAUUCUUGCUGUGAUUAUAUAUAUAUAUAUACUAUACUAAUAUCCUAAGAGUGCUACAUAUAGUGCUUCAGUGUCAGUAAUAUGGAGGACAGUCGAGUUUAUGCCUUCAUAAGUAGUAUGUUAUAUGAGAACUAAUUCCUGUCAUUGAUAAUACACCCAAGAAAAAGUUAUAUUUUUUAUUUUGAUAAUAUUUAAGCUCCAUCAGUUUAUAUUAUAUAUGCAAGGUUUUAUCCUGAGCUGAUUGACGAUAAAGAGUAGCAUAUUUAUUUAUUUAUGCUAUACAUUGUAAAUUAUUUUACUACCUUAUGUCACAUUGUUGAAAAUCAUUACAAAGUGGUGUCUUGCAUCUGCCAAACACAUCAUAUUAUUAUAUUUUCCCAUACAUGUAGCUCACAUAGUCAUUUCCAAUGCAUAUUCUUGUAAAUAUACACCAUCCACACAUGAGAAAUUACAAGUUUUAUCCUUAACACACUGCUUCAAUAUUCCUCACAUUCAUUAUUUAACACAAUCUAACACCCAUGCACACAUGCACAGGCACUUACACGCGCACACAAAUUUACCAAAGCUGAAAGAUGGAAGAAGACAUGAUCACUACAUAUAAAAUAGUAACAUGACUACAAAAUUGACGUAAGAGGAAUAUUUGAAACCUACAACUUUAAGAACAAGAGGUCAUAAAUUCAAGCUAAGGAAACAAAGGUGCCAAAAAUAUAUAAAAGUUCUCAUUUGUGAAUUGAGUUGUAGAAGGUUGCAAAAAGUUGAAUGAGAAGGCGGUGCAUGCCAAAACCAUCAGUAUUUCCAGGCAGCAUAUAUGACAAAGAUUAUUGGGAAGAUGAGACACCACCUAGGUAUAUAUAUAUUCUGUAUAUAUAUCUAUCAUCUCACAUAACACUAAUACAUUCUUAUCAUAUUUCACUGCUCAACAUUGUCACGCAUCCUGCAAAGCAAUAUCAUUCCCUCUCAUACUAUGUUAAAAAUUUGUGUUGGACAGUGCUUAAAUAAGCAGUGUUAAAAUGAUGAAAAGUGAUAAUAAAUAGGAAAUAUGUACCAGUUGUAAUUCUAUUUAUUUAGAAGACUUUUCUAAUACGCUAUAUUUUAUUGAUAUGUUAUUAAAUAUGUCAGUUGAA